AAAUUCUCAAAGAGUUUAGUCAGUGUUUUGUUGUCAAUAUGACAUUCACACAUGUGGUUGUUUUCUGUCUCAUCAUUUCAUCCAGGAAUUAUUUGUUUCCAUCAUAUUAUGGAAUAAAUGGCUCAUUACAUCUUCAUGACAGUUCAGAAAAGUGUCUUCCAAAUCAAUUUCAUUGCAAAGAAGGAUGCAUAAGUAAAGACCUUGUCUGUGAUAAAGUCCCAAACUGUAAAGACGGAGAAGAUGAAAAAAUUUGUAACGGCACUUGCCAAGCUGGAUUCACCCAGUGUUCUGAUGGAAAGUGUAUCAGCAUUUAUGAUUUGUGCGAUGGUUUUCCAGACUGCUUUGACCACGGAGAUGAAUCGUAUUGUUCAGGUAAUAUCUUACAUUGCGGGGUCGACUUCGCAUGCCCAGGAUCUUCGAUGUGCAUCAAAGGUUCAUUUGUUUGUGAUGGGGAAGAGGACUGUCCACAUGGAGAAGAUGAAUUCGGAUGCAAUGGUGAUUUCCCUUGUGAUAGAAAUGAAUUCAUGUGUGACAAUGGACAUUGCAUAGCAUUGUUUCAACGUUGUGAUGGCAUCUCUAAUUGUGAUGAUCACUCAGAUGAAAACUACUGUUCAUCAAAAAAUAAAACACAUUCUGACAAAUGUAGCAGUGAUAGUGUUUGUUCACAAGUGUGUAUAAAUGGAUCGGAUGGGAAAGCUACUUGUACAUGCCUUGAUGGAUAUAGAAAAGAUCCCAAUAAUACAAAUAGUUGCUUAUCUACAAUGGGCCAUGGAAGUCUUUUGUAUACACAAAAAGAAGUGAUUUUUAAAUUCAAUUUAGAUGAUGAAAAAUUGAUUACCCUUUGUUAUUCAACAUCAGCCAUAUCCUUGGAUUAUGAUUUUGAUGAAAAGCUCAUAUUUUGGAAUGAUAACAAAGAAAAGAAAAUAUACAAAUCUGCUGUUGAUUACAAAAGCAUUUGCUCAAAAAAAGUAGUUUUAAGCAAAAAUUUAACAUCUGUUGAUGGCAUUGCAAUUGACUGGAUCUACAAACAUAUUUAUUGGACAGACAAUGAAAAAAAUACAGUUGAAUUGGCUAAUUAUGAUGGCAGUAUGAGGAAGACAAUUAUUAAAGAUGACCUUGAUGAACCUAGGGCAUUAGCUGUGCAUCCGAAUGAAGGGUUGUUGUUUUGGAGUGAUUGGGGAAAGCACUCUUGUAUUGAAAGAUCAUGGCUUGAUGGAUCGCAUAGAAAAAAAAUUAUAAAAUAUGGAGUAGAGUGGCCAAACGGUUUGACAUUAGAUUUUGUAAAGAGAAAGCUAUAUUGGGUGGAUGGGAAAAUGAAUUCAAUUUCAUCAUCAAAUUAUGAUGGUUCAGAUCAAACGAUGAUUAUCAGGUCGUAUGAAAUAUUGAAACACCCAUUCUCAAUAAGUGUAUUUGAAGAUUUUAUGUACUGGACUGAUCUUGAGACAAAUUCUGCUUUCAAGGCAAAUAAAUUCAAUGGAAAAAAUGUUACUACUGUUUUAAAGGAAAUGCACCAACCUGCCACAGUGGUGCAGUUAUGGCACCCUUCCCGUCAACGAGCGGGUGAAAACUAUUGUUCUGGCAAUAAUUGCUCGCAUCUUUGUUUUCCAACUCAAGAGCCAACAAAUGAAUCAAGUUUUAUUUGCGCAUGUCCUGAUGGGCUUUCCCUUUCAGAUAAUCAACUGGACUGCUUUCAUCACGAACACAAGAAGGAAAUAGUUGAAACAACCUCUGAAAUAAAUAACAAUAAUACCAAAACUAUUACGAUAGCUUUAAGCAUUGUUUUGCUUGUAAUCGUCACCCUUUUAGUUGGGUUUAUUCUGAGAAAAUACUACAAAAAAAAGAAGGAAAGCGCUAAUUAUAACAACCCAGUUUAUCAGCAAACCACUGAGGAGAAGAAAGCCAAGCCUUUAGAAACUUUCCAGUCAACAUACACUCAAGGGUCUGAGGAAGUUACUAUUAAUUUAGUUAAGGAUAAUUGACUUUUACAUGUAUUUGGGUGAGUCAAUAAAUUUUUUUUUUCAA